AUGGCACCAGUCGCUGUGUCACCCGAGAUUCCCGUCUUCAACACCAAGCGGGAUGGACAGGCCCUUGAGGAUCUGUCCGACGCCAUCGACGACGUCAACGUCUUGAAGGCCAACAUGAAGGAGAAGGAGAAGGGCCUGUACGAGGCCUCCGAGUUCGACAAAAACAAGGACAAGACCCAGUUCCGUCAGUACGAGGACGCCUGCGAUCGCGUCAAGAACUUCUACAAGGAGCAGCACACCAAGCAGACGGUCGCCUACAACCUCAAGGCCCGCAACGACUUCCACUCCAAGACCCGUGCCGAGAUGACCGUCUGGGAAGCCAUGGAGAAGCUCAACACCCUCAUCGACGAGUCCGACCCGGACACCAGCCUCUCCCAGAUCGAGCACCUCCUGCAGUCCGCCGAGGCCAUCCGCCGCGACGGCAAGCCGCGCUGGAUGCAGCUGACCGGCCUCAUCCACGACCUGGGCAAGCUGCUGUACUUUUUCGACGCCCAGGGCCAGUGGGACGUCGUCGGGGACACCUUCCCCGUGGGUCUGGCUUUCGACGACCGCAUCAUCUACGGCACCGAGUCCUUCAAGGAUAACGAGGACUUUGGCCACCCCAUCUACGGCAGCAAGUUCGGCAUCUACAGCCCCGGCUGCGGCCUGGACAACGUGAUGCUCUCGUGGGGACACGACGAGUACCUCUACCACGUCGUCAAGGAGCAGUCGACCCUGCCCGACGAGGCCCUCGCCAUGAUCCGCUACCACUCGUUCUACCCCUGGCACAACGCCGGCGCUUACCACGAGCUCAUGAACGACCACGACAAGGAGAUGCUGAAGGCUGUCAAGGCCUUUAACCCUUACGACUUGUACAGCAAGAGUGAUGACGUCCCCACGGUCGAGGAGCUGAAGCCUUACUACUUCGACCUGAUCAACGAAUACUUCCCCACCAGGGUGAUCAAGUGGUAA